ACGGCUUCUACAAACAUUGGUGAAAGAAUGGGUCGCUCUCAGGAGCUCAGUCACUCCAAGCGUGGUCCCGUGAUAGGUGGCCACCUGGGGCAAUAAGUCCAUCCGUGACAUUUCCUGGCUACUAAAUAUUCCACGCUCAACUGUUAGUGGGAUUAUAACAGAGUGGAAGCGACUGGGAACAACAGCCACUCAGCCACCAAGUGGAAGGCCACGUCACAUGACAGGGCGGGGUCAGCGCAUGCUGAAGUGCACAGUGCGCAGAAGUCGCCAACUGUCUGCAGAGCCAAUAGCUAAAGACCUCCAAACUUGGUGUGGCCUUCAGAUGAGCCCAACAACAGUGCAUAGAGAGCUUCAUGGAAUGGGUUUCCAUGGCCGAGCAGCUGCAUCCAAGCCUUCCAUCACCAAGUGCAAUAGAUUGUGAUAUGGCAGAAAAUGAUUCAUGCAUUCAUGUAAGGUCACUGGCAGGUCCACUGUACUCAAGAAAAAUGCUUCUCUAUGUG